AUGUCGCGCUCCUACGAUCGUGCCCUCACGGUCUUCUCGCCUGAUGGACAUCUGUUCCAGGUCGAGUACGCGCUUGAGGCCGUGCGUCGCGGCACUGCUGCGGUGGGCGUGCGUGGCAAGUCGUGUGUCGUGCUUGGCGUCGAGAAGAAGUCGACGCUGCAGCUCCAGGAUCCCCGGACGGUGCGCAAGGUUGCCAUGCUUGACGAUCACAUCUGCACUGCGUUUGCUGGCCUCACUGCCGAUGGCCGCAUCCUGAUCGACAAGGCGCGCGUCGAGUGCCAGUCGCACCGUCUGACAGUCGAGGACCCCGUCACCGUCGAGUACAUCACCAAGUAUGUCGCCGGGAUCCAGCAGCGGUAUACCCAGUCGGGUGGUGUGCGCCCGUUCGGCAUCUCGACUCUCAUCGUCGGCUUUGACCCUAACGACACCAAGCCCCACCUCUUCAUGACCGAGCCCAGUGGUAUCUACUCUGCGUGGAAGGCCUGCGCCAUCGGACGCGCGUCCAAGACUGUGCGCGAGUUCCUCGAGAAGAACUACGUCGAGAACCUCGACCGCGCGGACACGAUCAAGCUUGCCGUUAAGUCGUUGCUCGAGGUCGUGCAGACGGGUGCGAAGAACAUUGAGAUCUCUGUGAUGGAGCGCUACGGCGUCGUGCGGAGCCUGGAGCAGUCAGAGAUCGAGGCGAUCGUUGCUGGCAUCGAGGCCGAGAAGGAGGCCGAGGCUGAGCGUAAGCGCGCCCGCCUCGCGGCGACUCAGGCUGGCCAGGCAUCCAUGUUCGCGACCGCGCUCUCGGGCGCCGCGACCGGCACGAGCACCCCUGGUGGCCCAGGAGGGGCAAGCGGUGCGACGGCUCCGGGUGAGGAGAGCGGUGUGCAGUAG